CAGUGAGGUCAUGAUUCGCGAGCAGCUGAGGCGAUAGCAAACGGAAUUUGUUGCUCGUGUGCAGCUAGCUGCUGGGCACCAGAUGAGACGCCCGGGAGGCCGGACACACGUUGCACACCGGCGCGUGGUGGGCGGGCGGCGCGGCGCGUCCCGAAAAGUCUCCGAGCCCUGCGUGCCUAUAAGAGACCAGCAGAGGGGCCCUCGUUUCGCCGAGGGAGCUGGAGCAAAGCUGCUGCGUAGGAGCGAGGAGGGAGCUGGUGGCCUGGUGCGCCGAUCGGUCGAGGCGUCGUGGGGGUCGGUAGCUAGCGAUGGCAGCCGGGGUGGCGGCGCUGCCGUCGGCGAGGGCGGAGUACGUGCUGCGGGGCGCGUGCGCGGCGAUGGCGGCGGCGGGGGCGCUGCUGCUGGGGCUCAGCGCGCAGACCAAGACCGUGCUCUUCGUCCAGAAGAAAGCCGUCCCCAAGGACGUCCAGGCGCUCUGGGUGCUGAUCGUGGCGGCGUCGUCCGCGGCGGGGUACCACGUCGUCCAGCUCGCCCGGUGCCUCUUCACGGCCCGCCUCGCCGCCGCUGGCGCCGGCAGCCGGCGCCUCAGCCGAGGGAUCGCGUGCGUCUCUUUCCUCCUCGACAAGGGAUGCGCGUACAUGGUGUUCGCGACGACGAUGGCGGCGCUGCAGGCGUGCUUCGUGGGGCUCGUCGGCGUGGACGCCCUGCAGUGGAGCAAGCUCUGCAACAUCUACACCCGCUUCUGCGAGCAGGCCGCCGCGGGGAUGGUCUGCAGCAUGCUCGCCGCGGUGGGCAUGGCCGUCCUCGCGGCCUUCUCCGCGCGCCAACUCUUCCGCUGCCCCGCCGGCGAUCUGGGGUGGAACGGAUCGCAGGGAAGCUCCAGCGAGCUCUGAUGUGUUGCAGAGGAAAAUUUGGCAUGGGGUCAAAAAAAAGGAGCAAGAGAGAGUGUUAAGUGUGUUGGCACUUUUUGUUGUCCAAGCUUUGCUUGCAAGGCUAAGAUUAGGAUUGCCUGAACAGGGUCUGACGUUUCGACUGGUCAAGUUUAUACGAAGAAUGAUGAAAAAUAUACUACUAGUCUUUAUGAAACAUCGCAUCUGUUUGACGAUAAGGGAGUUAAUCAAUCUCACAAGUUUGUUUGAAAGUGAAAGAGCUAAAAAGUUCAGACUGAAGGUGAAAAGUGCAAGUUAAUGUAAGAUCCAGCAAAGACUGAUUACUAAAUUUAGAGAUCUUUUCA